AUGAAUCGCUUCUCACCAGUCCGAACACUACUCAACACCUCUGUGAAGACCUACACGCGAUUGCCCAAUACUCGUGCCAUGCAUAUCCAGAGCAUUCCUAUGUGGGUGGGGAGCAGCAACAACUACGCAUAUCUGGUUGUCGACGACAAGAGCAAGGAUGCUGUCAUCAUUGACCCUGCAAACCCGCCAGAGUAUGACGACCCUUCGGUUCACGCCAACGGGAUGAUGCUGACGCUGGACUAUAGGGUCGCGCCGGUGCUCCAGGAUGCCAUCGAGGGCGGCAAGAUCAACCUCAAAGCCAUUGUGAAUACUCAUCACCACUGGGAUCAUUCCGGCGGCAACAAGAAGCUGCUUGAGGAGCUCAAGACGCCAAAGCUCUCUAUCAUUGGAGGCAAGGACUGCGAAGGCGUUUCCGAGACGCCGAGUCACCAGUCCACCUUCAAGAUUGGCAACAUCGAUGUUGAGGCGGUGCACACGCCGUGCCACACCCAGGACAGCAUCUGCUGGUACAUGAGGGACGGGGACGAGAAGGCCGUGUUCACGGGCGACACGCUCUUCAUUGGCGGCUGCGGCCGGUUCUUUGAGGGCAACGCUGAGGAGAUGCACAAAGCUCUCAAUGAGCGACUCGCCUCUCUGCCAGAUGACACCAUUGUUUACCCUGGUCACGAGUACACAAAGGCCAACAUUAAGUUUGCCGUCUCGGUUCUGCAAAGCGAGCCUGUGAAGAAGGUUGAGAAGUUUGCCGAGGAGAAUCAGGUAACCACCGGCAAAUUCACCAUCAAGGACGAGAAGCUCCACAACGUCUUUAUGAGACUCGAGGACCCUGUCAUCCAGCAGGCCACUGGCGAGAAGGAGCCGGUGAAGGUGAUGGCCAAGCUGAGGGAGAUGAAGAACAACUUCAAGUGA